UUUGGGUGGAGAGAUUCAUAACAUGACUACACAUACAUGCAUUACAUACAUAAGAAGUGAGUAUAUAAUAAGGUCACUCACAUUCACAUAACAAUACAUAUUCAUAAACCCUUUUCAUCUUCUUCUGCGUCUUCUUCAGCCUUUUCUUCCUUUUUCUUCCAUUUGGGCCAAAACAACACCAUUGCCUCCCAUAAUUGCCCGACUCAAUUCCAUGGCGGCAGGCUCAACCUCACCCUCCGAUCGACCCACCAUGGCCCCUCCCCCAAUGCUCAUCUCCGACUCAGUCGCCAAGGACGCCAUACUCGCUUGGUUUCGAGGCGAGUUCGCUGCAGCCAACGCCAUCAUCGACUCCCUCUGCGCUCACCUGGCCACCUCUUCCCACGACUAUGAUGCCCUCUUCGCAGCCAUCCACAACCGUAGGCUCAACUGGAUCCCCGUCCUCCAGAUGCAGAAGUACCACUCCAUUGCCGACAUCACCCUUGAGCUCCGCAGAGUCUCCGACAGAAACCCCAAUGUUGACGACAAAUCCAAAUCUGACGAGAAAAAGACCUCGUCGGAGAUUUUCGUCCGAAAUGGUGUGGCUGAUGAUCACGAGGAGUAUGAAUCCCCUGAGAGCGAGAUUACUGAUUCAGGAUCUCAAGAAAUGCAGGCUAAUCCCAUGAAUAUUAAUUUAUGUUCCAAUCAUGAACAUUGUGAAGGACGUUCUGCGCAGUUUAAGUUGACUAAAGGUUUCAGUGCAAAAGAGUCAGUCAAGGGACAUAUGGUGAAUGUAGUAAAAGGAUUGAAGUUAUAUGAAGACAUUUUCACAGAUUUAGAACUAUGCAAGCUGACAGACUUCGUGAAUGAGAUUCAUGCUGCUGGCCAGAAUGGGGAACUGUGUGGCGAAACUUUUAUAUUAUUCAACAAGCAGAUAAAGGGAAACAAGAGAGAGCUGAUUCAGCUGGGUGUUCCAAUAUUUGGACAGAUAAAGGAGGAUGUAAAAAGCAAUAUAGAGCCAAUUCCUCCACUUCUCCAAGGUGUCAUUGAUCACCUGAUUCAGUGGCAGUUACUUCCCGAGUACAAAAGACCAAAUGGUUGUAUUAUCAACUUUUUUGAGGAGGGGGAGUUUUCUCAACCAUUCCUCAAACCACCGCAUCUGGAUCAACCUGUAUCCACUCUUCUUCUCUCUGAAUCAACAAUGGCUUUCGGACGUGUACUUAUGAGUGAAAAUGAUGGAAACUACAAAGGACCUCUCAUGCUCUCAUUGAAGCAGGGGUCUCUUUUAGUGAUGAGAGGAAACAGUGCUGACAUGGCAAGGCAUGUAAUGUGUCCAUCCCCUAACAGAAGGGUCAGCAUCACCUUCUUCAGAGUGAGGCCAGAUUCCAAUCAAUGCCAGUCACCAACUCCUGCUAUGACAAAUGCGAUGACUCUGUGGCAACCUGGCAUUCCUAGUCCAUAUGCUUUGCCAAAUGGUGCUCUAAGUAGCUAUGAGGGUAUGGACAUGAUGCCAAAAUGGGGAAUGCUUCGCGGUCCAAUGGUGAUGCUAACUCCAAUGCGUCCUGUGGCACUGACUCCUCGCAAACUUGCUGGUGGUGGUACUGGGGUGUUUUUGCCAUGGAAUGUGCCAUCUAGAAAACCUGUCAGGCAUCUUCCCCCGCGGGCCCAAAAAGGGAGGCUUCUCACAUUACCUUCACCAGUUGAACCCCAAAUGGGAGAAUCCACUUCUGAACCUAGCAGCAUCUGUGUUGAAGGAUAAAGACAUGUUUAGUUCUGAAGCAGCCUUGGGUUUGAAAAAAUGUGAAUCAAGAAAGGUGGCUUCCGCGAUUCAGCUAUUUGCUCUAUAAUAUGGAGCAUUUUAUCUUGUUGUACAAACAUGGCCCCACCCCAGGUGCUGCAAGAGCAGUUUGGUUUUUUUUUUUUUUUUUGACUCUUCCCUUUGAAUAGAUUAGAAUCUAGUGAUGUUUCAAAUCGGUUUUCCAUGUUAGCCAAUCAUGGCAAGAGCUCUAGUAGAGUACUAAGCCUUUCAAAUUUGAAGAGUGUGAAUUAUAUCUGACGGUAGCAUUUUGUAAGAAUGAUAUUCUAAGUUAAUUAUAUUUUGAGAAAAAUCAAUUUGCC